AUGAACUGGAAGGAGUGUACCUGGACAAGUGGCCACAACACAGAUUCAGGGCAGAUAUACGUAAGUGAACAACUCCGCUUAGUCUUUUCCUUCCUGUUGGAGGAAAAAAUAAUCCUGGUAUUAAUUUGAACAAAGGACAUCAACAAAUGGGGUGGUCUAAAUCGUUAACAUUGAAGUUAUACUGUUGCCUUCCCUAAGAUAAAUUCAAUUCUUAUGUGAAAUCGGUUAAGAAGAAGAAGAAGAAGAAGAAUUUUCAUAUUUCAAUACAGAGCUGUGACUUCGUGAAAAAGAACACAAACUCUGCACUCCAUGUCUACUUUGCUGGCAACCUCAAGAUAUAUGACUGUACCGGCUGCUGUAGUCGCUGGUAUUUCACCUUCAAUGGCGCCGAGUGCAGCUCUCCUGGGUCCAUUGAUGGCGUAUUCUAUAUUGGAACACCAAGCAAUGUUAACCACAAUUUCUACAAUCAUCGUCAUAUUGAAGGUCACUGUACCAACAUUCAAAAAGGAAAGGUUCGAGUGGGAUUCUGGGUUGGAAAAUGUAAACGCGGUGGAUAUAAGCUCGGGAACGCCUUCACCGGUUGGCAUAAUGCAGUGAAUCGUAUCUUCAUCGAAGAAGUACCACGAGCUCAGCAGUAG